AUGCCAGCAGAUUCCGCAGAUCAAUCCUUCAAGUUCGAGUCGGCGUUGGAGGGAGAAAGCGAAGUCGAGGCUUGGCUUCAGAGCCUUCCCAACAACUGGGAGCCAAUCACGUCAAUGCUAACGGCUACUACAGAUCAGAUUGUAAAUGAACUACGAGAUUUCAGCGCAUUCGUCAAAGUGCUGUUCACUCCUAUCGGUCGUAAGACGUUUCCUGUCGAACUUCCACCCACCGUACUCUGCGACGCUUUGUUUGACAAGGAUGGCAAUCAGAGGAAACUCAGAGAUGAUAUCGUCGAAAUGCAUGGGAAGGUCCCUCUGGCCCGUCUUUUGCUCCUCUCCUGUACUGAACCUGAAGUUGAAGUUGAAGAACGCAAGAUGAUUCCUGAGUAA